AUGGCGGAGCCUUGCCGCAUCGUGGUCCUGGCCUCCGGGAAUGGCAGCAACUUUCAGGCGCUGAUUGAUGCUGUCGCCUCCGGGCGCAUUGCGAACUCUAAGAUCACCCGGCUCGUGGUGAACCGGAAGACCGCUUUUGCGACGGAGCGAGCGAAGAAGGCGGGCAUCCCAUCGGAGUACUUCAACAUGGUCUCAGAGGGGUACCAGGCCAAGGGCGAAAAGGAUCCUCAGAAGCUGCAAGAGGGCCGCGAGAAGUAUGACGCUGCGCUGGCGGAGAAGAUCCUCAACGAGAACCCGGCACAGAGCCCGGACCUCAUCGUUCUAGCAGGAUGGAUGCAUAUAUUAACAGAGUCGUUCCUACGGCCCUUUGCAGCCAAGGGAGUGCCCAUUAUCAACUUGCACCCAGCAUUACCGGGCAAAUAUGACGGUGCAAACGCAAUCGGAAGAGCUUUCGAAGACUUCCAGGCUGGCAAGCUUGAAAACAGUAAGACAGGAAUUAUGAUACAUUACGUGAUAGCAGAAGUUGACCGCGGCGAGCCGAUCCUGGUGCAAGAGAUAGAGUGUCGCGAAGGUGAGACACUACAUGAUCUAGAGCAAAGGAUACAUGGGCACGAGCAUGAGCUCAUUGUCAAAGCAACCGCUAAGAUUGCCGAGGGUAUACUCGCAGAUAAGUCUCGGAGGUGA